AAAAAAAAUCUUUUAAAUUUAGUUGAAAAUUGAAGCAACGAACAAUAUAGAGUUAGCGGAUGACAUUCCGACGCAAAAGGGAUGGAAGCAUUGGACGCACCCUUCCAUUUAAGAUUUGAAGUUUCAAUUGCGAAGAAGGAAGGGAGAAACACCAACACCGAACAAGCUAAACUGUUAUUCAUCUUCAUUAACUAAAUCCUUAACCUGAUUUAAUUAGGGUUGUGGGGAAAACAAAAUUAAAAAGCGUAAUAGUGGAUGUAGAAGAAGUAAUAAGAAAAAAGAAGAUAUUUCGUUUUGGUUUGAAAAGUUGAUAAGAAGCCGCUCUUGACUCUUCUUCUAAUAACAUUCCAUUUCUUUUUCUUUGUUUUUCUAUUUCUCUGCCUGCCUCUACACAUAUAUAUAUAUAUAUAUAUAUAUAUAUCUCUAUUCAAAGCAUUCCCCUUCUUUUCAUUCAUCAUCUCACCAGACCCUAUAUAUAUAUAUUUCCAAGAAUCAAGGCAGCACUCAUCAUCAAUGGUUCCACCAUCAUCAACUCUUCAUCAUCAUGAAAAUGGAACCAUCUCCACCGUCCAUCACGACAUCCUCCAGACUCACAUCCUCACCCGUCUCGACGGUCCUACCUUGGCUUCUCUCUCCUGCGCUUCCUCUGACUUCCACACCCUCUCCUCCCAAGACAAGCUCUGGCAAAAUAUCUGCUCAUUCACCUGGCCAUCCACUAACGAUCCUCUCCUCUCCAGUGUCAUCUCUUCGUUUCCAUCCGGACACAGGUCGUUUUUCUCCGAUUCUUUUCCUCUCCUUCGUCACCACCGCCCCACCUGCCGCACUCUUCCAACUCCGUUUCCAUCAACGACAGAAUUGAUUUCAGCCGUCGAUAUUUACUACCGAAACGUACCUAUCUUCUCUAAGGUCGAGAAGACUGAAACGGUCAGCAGAUGGUUCUUGUGUUCUCCCUUCAGAAUCGACUUACUCGAACCAAAAGAAUUUGUUCCUACGUGGAUACAAAAGGCGGGUGAAAAAGACUCCUGGCUUAAACAACUCGAAGAGGAUGUCACAUUAAGCUGGAUUCUGAUCGACCCAGAACAAAAAAGGGCCGUCAAUAUAUCGAGCAAAAGGCCAGUUUCAGUGCAGAGGCACUGGUUGACAGGGGAAGUGCAGGCGAAGUUUGCUACAAUCUUCGCCGGAGACAGAGGGAAGGGGUCGGAGACAGAGUAUGUGGAGUGUGAAGUGGUGGUCACGUGCGGGGGGAAAGAAGGAGGGGAGGUUCGCGUGAGGGACGUGAGCAUGGGGAUGGAAGAUAUGGAGGGAAAGGCAUUAACAGGGGAAGAUAGUUUGGUUAUAUUGAAGGAGGCAACGGAGAGGGGAGAGAGGAGGAGAGGGGAAGAUGGGAAAGAAAGAUAUAAGGAAUUUUUGAAGAGGAAAAGGGAAUGGAAAGAAAGGAAGGAAAGAAGAGAAAGUGUUCUGGAUUGGGUUUGUAUUGCUACUGGAGUUACUUCAUUUUUGGCUUUCUGGUCCUUCAUCCUGUUCAGAUGAAAACAAAUGAUUUGGGUCCUUUCUGAUCUGAGUUGUUUAAUGUUUUUAAAAGUAGAAUAUCAAUAUAUAGCAUAGAAAGAGGGUUGGUUAAUUAUUACAUUCGUCCUUUGAUACAUAUUCAUUGGGUUGAAACUUUGAGAGUAUAUAUAUAUACGAUGAUGCUCUGUAAGUUUGAAUAAAGGCAUCCAGAGUUUCUACAAUGUUAUAGAAAUGAAAAUUUAUUA